ACACUUAUUAUCUUAUUGUGUUGCAAGUGCCGUAAUACUCUUACUAAAACUAAACUAACCGUUCUGUCACUGGAGCCCCUGGCUUUGAUCUCAUGCAAAAACUUACUGUGUGAGAUUUUAAAAAACACCCUGAAAAAAACAACAGGAUAAACAUAUGAUUAUACGUCAACUGGAACAACACAGAAAUGUAAUCAGGUGGAUAUUUUAACGUAAAGAUGAUGACAGUCACAUUCUCACAUGACACCCAGUGACACACAAGGCAGCAGUAAUAGGGAUUGAUUCUGUUCCCGAUUUUUUUUUUCAUGAUAGGAAGGAAGAUGAAAACUCUCCCAAAUUAUUUUGGAACUACGCAUCAUGUCAAAGCGGCCCCAGUGCUUCACUCUAGGUCUCAGCUCCAAAUAAGAUUUUAUCGUACUAUUGUCCUACGAGUUCCUGAGCAAUUAGUUAAGACCUCUUUUGUGAUGGACUUGUUGACCUUAAUGGGCAAAACGGUGAAGUCAUGUUGAAAAUACAUGUAUAAAAGAAAAUGUAGAUGUCUAAAAUGAAAUGUAAAAUUUGUUAGAAAGGGGUGUUGCAGGCCAUACAUUUUUUAAAAUCUGUGCAUAACCAAUUGAGGUGCAAACUUAAUGGUGAAAUAGCACUCAUGACCUGUAUGUAAUUUAGAUCGUCAUCUUUUUGACAUCCCUUGUAGUAAAUGCUCACCUCUUUUUUUUUUCUUCUAUUUUUCAGACAUUCGGCUCAGUAACAAAAUGAAAGUUGACAGAUCAAAGUUAAAAAAACCCUCCUCGGAGGUGCCUGCUGAGUGCAAGGUUCUAAUAGACAAGCUCAGAGGCCUAUCAGAGGAUGACUUGUGCAGGGAAUUGGGCGAGAUCAAAGUUUGGACGUUUGGCAAGUGUGAGCUUUAUCACUGGGCAGACAUUCUGGAUAUAUUUGAUGCCAUCUUGGAGAAAUCUUGUGCCAAAGAAAAUGAAAAGAAAUGGACUCUCCAUUGCGAUCUGCCAAGCAAUGUACAGCUGAAGAGACUGCUACUGGAGAUAUUGCGCUUCACAGCGCUGUUGAUAGAGCACAGCUUCUCCAGGCACCUCUACAACUCGAUGGACCACCUCACUACAUUACUGACCUCCUGUGACAUGAGCACUGUACUCUACGUGCUGAAUCUGCUCUAUGUGUUCAGUAAACGAUCAAAUUUCAUCUCUCGGAUGAAUCCAGAGAAAAAGCAAGGCCUGAUACAGAGACUGGUACAUCUGGCUGAGAGUUGGGGUGGCAAGGAGAAUGGCUUUGGUUUAGCUGAAUGCUGUCAGGAUUUACCUUCUGGGAGUUUUCCAUCUAGUGCCACCACCCUGCACUUUGAAUUCUAUUCAGAGAGUAAAGAGGAUAAAGGAAGCAAAAAAGUGUCACCUGGUACCUCCAAUGUGAUCCAGAGUAUUCAUAUGGAAAAUGUGGACAAGACAGGACGUAUGCCGUCACAAAUUAUGGAGGAUAUUGCAGACCUGUAUGAAGUGCCUCAAGAGAAGAGGGUACUACUUUUCACACACAUCAGACUGGCGUGCUUGUUCUCAGACUAUGAGGCCAGGGUUCAUUGUGUUCAGGCAAGAUUACAGGCCAUAUCAAUUUUGGUGUAUUCAAGUGCAAUCCAAGAGAACAUGAAUGUGAUCCUGUACCCCGGCUUGAUAGAAGAGUUGGUGGACAUUGUGGAGAUCAAAGAUACUGCCCUUGUGGAUAUCAAAUCAGCUGCACUUCGUACUUUGACUUCAGUAAUUCACAUUGAACGAAAUCCCAGGUUGAACAGUAUUAUUGAUGCCACUGGAGCCUCUUCUUACCAUGGCUUUUUACCCGUGCUGGUCAGAACAUGCAUUCAGCACAUGAUAGAUCCAGAGUUGAAGCCUUUUCCCCAGACCUAUGCCACCUCAUUGUUUUCAUUUCUUUACCAUCUGGCCAGCUAUGAAAGUGGUGUGGAGGCUCUGGUCUCUUGUGGCAUGAUGGAGUCCUUGCUCAAAGUCAUCAACUGGUAUGGUGAUGGACAAGAGCACAUCACGUUUGUGACACGAGCAGUGCGUGUUAUUGAUUUGAUCACAAACAUGGAUAUGGCAGCUUUCCAAGCUCUGGGAGGUCUUCAGGCUUUCAUCAACAGGUUGGAGCAUGAAGUGAACAUCUGCCGCGUGGAGCAGCCAUACGUGCACCGUCCAGGUAACCAGGCAGACACCUCUGUGGACGGGAACCCGGACUCCCCCUCAGUGACCCCCAUGGACGUGAGCAUGGAACAAUCUCAGCCCGAGGUUGAGGCGGAGGCCAUUGACGGCCUGGACGCGGAACCGGUCGACGCCCCAGUAUUAGAGAUCCCAGUGCCCUGUGGCUCCUCUCAAAGCCUUGCUGCCGGCGGUUACAAGUCCCAGGCAGACGAUGCGGUUAUGGGUGUGAAGAAAAAUUUACACUGCUUUGCCCAGAGAGCUGCUUUACUGAAAUCUAUGCUGAACUUCAUGAAGAAAGCUAUUCCCGACUUGUCCUUUGCAGAUAGCAUAAGGCAUCUGAUGGAUGGCUCUCUGCCCACUUCCCUAAAGCACAUCAUCAGCAAUGCAGAGUAUUAUGGGCCAUCUCUUUUCCUACUGGCAACGGAUGUGGUCACUGUUUACGUCUUUCAAGAACCCUCUUUGCUUUCAUCUUUGCAAGACAAGGGACUCACAGAUGUGGUGUUGCAUGCAUUACUCAUCAAAGAUGUCCCAGCAACCCGCGAGGUGUUGGCCUCAUUGCCCAACGUAUUCAGCGCCUUGUGCCUGAAUGCCAGAGGACUGGAGGCUUUUGUGGCCUGCAAACCAUUUGAUCGGGUUUUCAAGGUUCUUCUGUCCCCCGACUAUCUGCCGGCCAUGAGGCGACGCAGAAGCUCGGAGCCAUUUGGAGAUACAGCCAGCAAUCUGGGCAAUGCCAUGGAUGAACUGAUGCGGCACCAACCGUCCUUGCGCACUGGUGCCACCAAGGCCAUCGUCAAGCUUCUGGAGGAAAUUUGCUCCAUGGGUCAAAACUCGCAGUUCAUUUGCCAGAAACAGCAGCCCAAAUCUGAUGCUGCGUCUGCCCAAGUGACCAAUGUGCGGUCGCCUCAGUCGAACGAGGCUAGCUCCUCGGAUGAAGAAGAAGACGAAGAGGUGGAGAUGCCUCACAUGCCCCGGUCCAUCACGGCCUCGGCUCACAUCACCUCACAGGGCAACAAGCCGGCGGCCCCUGCUGCACAGAGUGAACCAUUAAACCAAGAAAGACAAGCAAUACCUCUGAUGGAUUAUGUAUUGAAUGUGAUGAAAUUUGUGGAAGCCAUUCUGAGUAACAACUCCACCGACGACCACUGCCGGGAGUUUGUGGCCCACAACGGGCUGAAGCCCCUGAUGAGCAUUCUUGGUCUGCCCAACUUGCCCAUAGACUUCCCCACCACGCCGGCCUGCCAGGCUGUCUCCAGUGUGUGCAAGUCCAUUCUGACUUUGUCUCGAGAGCCGCAGGUGAUGCGCCAGGGUCUGCUCCAGAUGAACGAGGUUCUCCAGCAGCUGGAGCCUCUCCACAGGGCCCCAGAGCCUCCGGGGGGUUCGGUUCUCCUUCACGAGUUGGCACAGUGCGGGUCCAGUCCCGAUGCCACGCUGUCCCCCAGCGCCACGCCCCUGCUCCAUGCUCUGGCUGCUGCCCACGCCUACAUCAUGAUGUUUGUGCACGUCUGCCGCAUGGGUCAGGCUGACAUCCGCACCAUCUCCGUCAACAACUGGGGUUCCGACCUGGGUCUGUCGGUGCUCAAGGGGCUGAGCUCCCUCUACAAUUCUCUAGUCUGGGAAAGCACUGUGCUCCUGGCCCUGUGUAAUGAGGACUACCUGCCCGCCGACUGCCCGUUUGGCCGGGCAGACCUGGAGAAGCUGUUGAGCAAAGAUGCCAAAGAGAAGAGUGAGGCCGGGGAAGGCGAGUGUUCUGCGGACAGUAAGAUGACCAGCACCACCCCCGCCACAGCGGACGGGAGACCUGCAGAGACGGGACAGCCGCAGCAGCAGUCCGCGGGAACUUCGGGUCUGCCCAGGGGCUCUGGUGAGACUGGUAGUAACGGCGUGAGCGUUGCCAUGGAGACGUUGACCACCGGUGAGGAGGGUAUGGACACUUCGGAGCCUGCAGCGGCGGCAGCCCCUGGAGCAGUAGGAAGCUCGGCCGCGGACCAGCCGCAUCAGCCCGGCACUGCCUCUGGGAGUGAGGGCGCCGCCGCUCGGUCUCUGAACCUGCCGGCCGAGGUGAGCAGCUCGACGUCGUCCACUUCGCUGGAGCUGGACAUGCUGCCGGGCCCCGCUGGUCUGUCGGAGGACAAGGACGCCGCCAAGCGGAAGGUGUCGCUGGCCAUGCAGGCCCAGCUGAGGCAACUCAAGCCUCUGCUCACCCUCUCCUCCCGCCUGGGCCGCGCCCUCUCUGAGCUGUUUGUGCUGCUGGUCAAGCUGUGCGUCGGCUCGCCUGUCCGACAGCGCCGUUCGCAGCAGCCGCCGCCCACACCCCCUGUACCGUCCCCUGCCGCUAGGGCUGUGGCUCUUGCCCUCACCAAACUCUUGUCGGGGGGUUUGUCUUUCCAGCCACCUCCAUGUGCUCCUCAGCCCAAGCUGCGAAUGACCUUCCUGGUGUGCUCGGCGGGAUUCACGGCCCCGCUUUUGUUUGACGAAAAGAAGCAGCCGUACCACCUGAUGCUGCAGAAGUUUGUGUCCUGUGGGGGGCAGGCCUCGCUGUUUCAGGCGUUCUCCUGGGCCCUGUCCAUUGACGGGAAAGUUCCUCUGUCUGAGGGACUGGAGCACCCAGAUUUGCCGGAAGGCACAGGGGAGUUCCUUGAUUCUUGGUUAGCUUUGGUGGAGAAGAUGAUCAACCCUAAAGCUGUUCUGGAGUCUCCACACACUCUCCCACCCAAGAACAAGGCCCCAGGCCUAACAGUGUUCAACCCAGUGCAAUAUCUCAUCAGUACACAGAAGGCUGCCUUCAAUGCUGUGAUGAACCUUUGGAACAAAAAACCUUUACCUGCUUAUGGAAGCCGCAUGUCAGAGUCUGUGUUGGCCAUUUUGUGUCAUAUCAUCUUAGGGGAAUCAAUUUUACAGAAACACUUGGAGCGAGAGAAGUCUGCACUGGCCUCAGGCUCCGGAGACACGGCCGUGGAUCUGAGCGGUGCCGGCCCGUCGAGCCAGAGUGCGCCCGGACCCUCUGCCGGGGGACCGUCUGCCGGACCUUCCGGAGCCAGCGUGGCUGCCACCUCCAGGCGGCCCCUGGAACCUUUGGUCAAUCAGCAGCACCUACAGCAGUUGAUGGACAUGGGUUUCACCAGGGAGCAAGCCACUGUGGCUCUGAACAACACCAGCAGCUUGGAGCAGGCCACCGAUUAUAUUCUGAGCAACCCCAUCCCACCAGCAGCUAGUGCUGUGCCAGGCUCCAUGGAUCUGGACAUGAACGACGAGGACCAGAUGAUGAGAGCAAUUGCCAUGUCUCUCGGGGAAAAUGCUGUCUUGUCCACUGAUCAGGCGAAAAACGAUGGGAAAGAAGAAAAACAGGAAGAAGAAACUGAAGAAAAACAAGAGGAUGAGGACCCCCUGGAUUCCAGUGUGCUUGAUGAGUUUACAAGAAACAUAUUUCCAGGCUGCCUGAAUUUGUUAGACACACUUCCAGAGACUGUAUACCGCGUGUGUGACCUGCUCAUUGUCGUCAUGCAGAGGAAUGGCAACAGUUGGAGGCGCAGCACAUUGGCCUCUCUCUGUGAGGAUCUGUGUACCCUGAGUGAGGAGAUGAUGGUCCAGGCACAGGAGCUGAACCUGGUGGGCAUGCACAGCUCCCCCAGUGCGCAGAAGUUUGCCAUACGUCUGCAUCUUCUUUGCCUUUUGGCUGAGGAGAUGAACUUGGCUUGUGCUUUGAGCAUGGACAGAGUGAAGCUGCCGUCCCGCUUGGUGCAACUGCUCAGCGUCAGCAAAGAUGCUUUACUUUGUGCUCCCCCUCCCCCUCCAGCUGGUGCCACACCAAAAUGGCUAGCCCAUAUGCUUCUUCUGCUGGAUCUGUGGGAGAAAUUGUCAGUGUCCCUCAAACGCAAGAUGCAAGCAAGAAUCACAGUUGGUACUAACAGCGUUUGGAAGUGGUUUGACGACAGCAGUGGUCGCUGGUGCAAGUACAGCACAAACAACAACACAACCAUUGAUGAGGCCUUCAAGAAAGGGGAAUCCUUUGUUAGGUUUCAGGCUGGAAGGAGGAAAUAUUCCGUACAAUUCGGCUCAAUGAUUCAGUUGAACGAAGAGACUGGCAACCGUCGUCCUGUGAUGCUGUCCAUCCCAACUGCCGAAGAGAAAUCGGCUGCGGGCAAGCAAUCGGCCAAGGAGACGACAAGUGAUGAGCAGCUCUCAGAGGAAGUGAGAAAAGAAUUUGAGGCUCCAACCAAUUUGGAUGAAUAUUUACCCAGCCUUCCUCAUGAGAGUAUAGAAAUAAUUAUCAGCUGUUUGAGUUCCUGCUUGAGCAUCUCCCUGGACCCAGACACACUGCACGCCGCCAUGCGUCUCAUCUUGCGCGUGACCAGACACCAUCAGUACGCCGUCAAGUUUGUGGCGGAGGGUGGGGCUCGCCGCCUCCUGGCACUGUCGGUCAGCUCCAACUUCCAGGGCUUCCUCAACCUGGCCACGCUGAUCUUUCGACACAUUUUGGAAGAGCCUGUUUCUCUGCGUUACUGCAUGGAAAAGGUGAUGCGCAAUGUGUGUGCAGGCAUUGGCUCCUGCCAGUCUGGUGUGAGUCAGGGUGGUGUUGGCGCCAAAGAGAUGCACUACGUUUUGCGUGUCCUGGGGCCGGCUGCCUGCAGGGACCCGGAGAUGUUUGUGCAGGUGGCACGCCACACGCUACAGAUUACCCUGCCACCUGCCUCCCUCAGAGACGAUGACGAGGCCCGGUAUGUGGGCCCCAACGCACCUCAGAUUCUGAAGUGCACCCCAACCAAACAACUGGAAUCUCUGGUCAACCCAUCCAUCAAGACCUUCAUCUGGGACCUGUUGAAUGCCCUCAUUGUGCACCAAGUGAACAAGCCCAGUGAAGACAGCGGAACAACAUCGACGGAGAACAAAGAGCCUCAGACCCUGGGAGAGCACAUAGACCGUAUGAUCGCCCUGGCCAGGGGUCCCACCACGACCACCACCACCAGCUCCACAGUCUCCACCAACGGGCCCUCGGCUGGGGCGGGGGCACCGGCCGCGUCGACCCAGCAGACUCCCGCACAGGCGGGCCAGCAGACAGGGGACAAACCGCCAGGUACAGCUCCAGGUGAGGAAAGUACCAGCCCAGCUGUCACGGCCGCUACUACCUCGAGCAACCCAGCUUCUCUGCCACCACUCAUCCCAAAGUCGGCCAUCUUGAGACUUCUGUCGGAGAUGAUACGUUCCUAUGGCAACUGUGUCCAGCUGAUCACUCAGUACACAUAUCCUCCAGGCCAGACGGAGCUGGUGCCUGAUGGCUGCUCGGUGCUGGCUUUUGUGCUGGACUGCCUGCUGCCCAACUCUCAAGAAGUCGGAGACAAGGACUGCCCGGCCCUAGCCCGUGUGUUUGUUGCCAGCAUUGCUUCGUGCAGCCACAGUCCCGACGCUCAGAUGGCUCUAGUCACCGAGGUGAAAGGAGCCCUGCAGCGUGCUCUGGCCCUGCCGGAGAGCUCCUCCAAGCACCAGCGCAUUCAGGCUCUGUCUAGCAUUAUCAACACCAUGAUAGAGUCGUGCCCCACCCCUGGUCAGCUGCCCAACCAAGUAUUUAAAGGUCAGCAAGUGAUGAACAACAACAUGAUGAAGAUCCUGGUGAAGAAGGGCGUGCUGGUGGACCUGGCUCGCAUCCCGCACAGCCUGGAGCUCUCCUCCCCCUUCCUGGCCAACACCAUCAACGCCGCCCUGAAGCCACUGGAGACCCUGUCGCGCUCGGUGAACUCGCCGGACAAGUUUGUGUCCAUGAAGAAGUCGGGGGCUGAUCACAGCCAGGCCGCGCCGGACCAGGGAGGCACCACCACCCAGGUGGUCACGGAGCCGGCUGCCGUUGCAGACGUGGAGAACCGAGUGGCCAACCUUGUGUCUGCGUCUGGGGAAAUGAACGUGACCAUCGAGGAUGUGACCAACGACCCCGAGGCCCAGGCCAACCUAGAGGUGACCAGUGACCACCGCAUCAUGGAGCCGCAGGUCGUGGGGCGGGCUCAAGAGCUGAAUGAGGUCUUGUCCGAGCUACUCAACUCGCAUGAGGGAGGUAAUCCGGAGGACCAAGUUAUUUCGGAGAUGACCAUCUCUCAAGCUCGUGGUGUCGCAGAGGAGGAGAAUGAGAUCCUGAUUGACGUAGAAGUUGAGGCUGAUGAGGAAGACUUUGAGCCUCACGAUUCGCAGAUGGUGAGCCAAGUGCUUUCUGACGAGGAGGACGAGGGAGAGGAUCGUGACCACGACAGGGAUCAUGAUGAUAACCAGGAUGAUGUCUCAGCUGAUGAAGAAGAUUAUGAUGAGGCUGACCAAGAAGAAAUGGGAGAUGAUGAUGAAGAGGAGGAAGAUGACGAUGAAGAUGAAGAGGAUGAUGAGGGUUCCGACGUGGAUGGUGAAUUAGACGACUUCCAGGAGCAGAUGGAGCAGAUCAGAAAUCCCUUUGAGACAGACGACCUGGUGUUCAAUGUGGAAGACUUCAACAACAGAGGCGGCGGGCAGCACAUCCUUUUAAACGACAGCAGCCAGAUUCAGGCGUAUCAGCUGCCGAUGCACUUACAUGACACUGAUACAGGAACUGAUAACUUGCCCAGCUUGCCACCAGCUCCCAGCAACAUUACCAGUAUGCAUCCGCUGCUGAUGCGCCAGUCGGACCAGCACUCGGGACGCGCCCACCGCGGGGGCCGACAGAGGCUGCGUACACUUCCGGUGCACGUCAACCUCAACCCAGGCACACGGCAACCCAACACCCCAGUCAUCUUGCAGAGACUCCUGGGCCCUUCUACUGCGGCCGAGAUCUUGCAGCUGACCAGCACGUUGAGCGGCCAGAACACCGGUGAUGCAGGGGCCACUCGCGUCGUUCUGCCCAUCAUACAGCGGCCAGAGGAAGAUUUGCUGGAGGAACUGUUUGCGGAUCCAUAUGCAGAUGCCAGCUCGUCCGGCACAGGGGCCUUGUCCUGUAUCCCGUCAACACUGACCAGAUGGACAGAGGAGACCAAAGUGCUAGAUGGAGAUGGAGUUCACGUCCUGGUUCUGAUGCUGAAGCCGCCUCUAGUGGAAGAGCUUGUGAGGCGGAGGGACGAAGAGCUGGCAGAGAGGAAAGAAAAGAGGAAGAAAAAUGCUGAGACAGAAGAUGAAAGGAAGGAGAAGCAAGAUGCUAGUGGGACCAAGCCAACUAGCACGUCAUCUGGAGCGAAUGCAACAGUGUCUGUGACCUCCUCUCAAGCCAAUGGUGCUGAAGUCAGUGGACCUCCCCAUCAAGCGGCAGAAAUGCUUGCCUCAGCAAUGGUAGAGCAGGUCUUGUCCCCGAUGGCUGUGUCUUCAUCCGACAACAACCAGGGGGCCACGCCAGUGAGCACGACAGAGGCUAAUGCCCUCGACACGUCCCCAGCUCCAGCCGCCAGUAUGGACCUCUCCUUUGGGUCGGGAGAGGGCCUGUCAUCCUCCUCCUCAACAGAUUUGUCGCCACUGUACGCCCCAGCCCUCCAUGUGAUCAACGCCUCCACCCCCAGCUCCCAGCCCACUACCACCAGUACGUCCCUCCAGGCCACUGUCUCUCAAAUGGUCUCCUCCAUCACGCAGCUCAUGCAGCAGCAACAGGACAGGUCGGUGACCUCCACCACCGUCACCAGCACCGCCACAGCAACCACAGUGGCUGCCAGCAGCAGCAGCAGCAACAACCCUGCUUCGGCCUCGUUGCUGUUCUCUGCCGACUCGGCCCCAGCUGGCGGGCAUGGCUCCAAUUCCGCUGCAGCCGCCGUUUCCUCGGCCCCGUUCUACACCUCUCAGCUGCCUCUGUUCACCACUCUCAGCAUGCCCACAGAGUCGUCGUCCAGCCAGUUCUCAGGUCCCGCUCCCCAGGCCAUGGAGCAGCCGUCGAUCACCGCGCCCCCGCAACCGGAGAGCUGGGGUUCGAGCCUGAUGGCAGCUGCGGCUGCAAGGCCAGAGCAGCAACAGCGUUUGGAGGAGCAGAGGUCGUCGGGUCGCACCCACGGCCGCUCUAUGAUCAGCGAGUUGCUGGAUAGUCUGAUGAGUGACCAGUCGUUGCCUGCAGCUAACACACCUGUCUCGUCCAGCUCCACACAACCUUCUCUCCACCCCGCCUCUUCCUUUCGCAUAAGGCACCUUGCUUACAACUCUGGCAAUCGCACAGCCCCACAUCCUCCUUUCUUUAUGCCGACGCCAGAUGGUGAAGAAGGGAGCUCUCAGGAGACCUCGAGUCAGCAGACUGAGGACAGCUCAUUGUCAGUGGCCACGCGUCGGGAGCUGGGAUUUUCAGAGGAAGACUCGUCUCUUCUGGUACCCGUUGAGGCUGGCUCUGGACCCUAUGAAGGUUUAUACCUGCCAUCUAUCAUGCCACAAGCCUCUCAGAGUUCGAGUAGCAGCGGAGCCACGGGUGCCACUCCUCCGUUGAGCAAUCUGGGCUUCGUCAGCAGUACGGCCCCAUCCACCAUGGCAGUUGGCUCGGAAGUGCGGGCUCAGUCGGCAGCCGUGGCCAGCGCAACCAUCAGCAGCACAGCGAGUGCGCCUCCAACCACUGCAACAGGAUCCACAGACCCGGAGCUCCCAGAGGGUGUGGACCCGUCCUUCCUGGCAGCGCUGCCCGAGCACAUCAGACAGGAGGUCAUCUCGGAGCAGCUGCGGCUCCAACGCAUCCGUCGGCGCGCACAGGAGCAGGCACAGGCCCAGGAGAGCACGCCAAGCGGGAACUCUGCCGCCAUGCAGGUCAACCCGGAGUUUCUGGCCGCCCUGCCCCCCGCCAUACAGGAAGAGGUGUUGGCUCAGCAGCGAGCAGAGCAGGCGCGCAUGGCGGCCCAGCAGCAGAGCGCCUCGAACCCGGACCUUCCCGUGGACCCGGCCACCUUCUUCUCCACCCUGCCCACCUCGCUUCGCCAGCAGGUUCUCUCCGACAUGGACGACAGCAUGCUGGCCGUGCUCCCACCCGAGCUGGCGGCCGAGGCCCAGGAGCUGCGGCGCGACAUGGAGGAGCGCCACCGCCGCCUGCUGCAGGAGCGCCUCAUAGCGCAGGGUGGGGCGGCUUCCAUCUCUGCUAUUCUCAGACACUCGGGCUUGGCUGGGCGACUCGGAACACGCUAUGCUAUUCGAGCUACCCAGCGCCCGUGGUCGUUUGGAGGCAGCCGGCUACAGCAAGUCCAAGGGGGCUCCGGAACCAGCAACCCCACCAAGGUGAAAGGGCGCUUCAUGCUGGACCCAGAAGCCUUGAGCUGCUUGUUGGUGUUGUUGUUUUUGGACGAACCUAAGUUGAACACUGCACGCCUGCACCGUGUCCUGCGCAACCUGUGUUACCACGGCCCCACCCGGGCCUGGCUCAUCCGUGCUCUGCUUUCCAUCGUGCAGAAAGCCGGGGACGUGAACACGGCGGCCGGGGUGGCCAACGCUCUGUGUGUGGAGGAGCGCCUGGCCCCCAGUCCCGCCGCCAGCUUCAAAGAUAAAGGCAAGGGCAAGAAGUCUGCCGGCGCCACAGCUAACUCAUCCUCCUCCUCCACGUCUUUCUCCUCAUCCUCCUCCUCCGGCACAGACGCCUCCUUAUCUAUGCAACAGGACCCCAGUUCCAUCUCCUUGUCAGCUGGCCCUGGUGGCAUGACGGCCCGAGGCUUGGCGGCCACCUCCUCUACGAUGGUAGCGGGGGCCGGGGGCUACUGGCUGUCCAUCAGCCUGGAGGCCGCCCUGGGCUGCCGAGCCAACGUCUUCCAGAUACACCGUAGCUCAGGGAAAAAGUCCAGUGGCUCCACGUCCGCCUCUGUCAGCAUCCACCCGCAGGCAGCGCCUGUCGUGUGCCGGCACGCCCUCGACACGCUUAUCUCGCUGGCCAAGAUGUUCCCCACGUACUUCCUCCCGGCAGGAAAAGCCAAGGAGGUCUUAAUCCGAUCAGAAGCGGGUAAGGAUGAGGAUUCCGACUCUUCGGGCUCAAAGAAGCUCCCGGGAAGCGGGGCCCAGUCGAGUCCCAAGAUGGCGCGCGCUGCGGAGAGUGCAAGCGGCUCUUCAGGGUCAGCCAGGCACGAGGUCAAGUCGGACAAUGACUUCUGGAAUAUUCUUGUGAGACUCGACGGUGCCUCCGGCAAAAGUAAAGGAAAAAGUGUUCAGCGCAGCCACAGCACAGCGGGUGCCGAGUCGGAGCUGCAGGCCACAGACUACGCCAGCAGCGCCCUGGGUCAGCUCAUGUCCAUGCUGAGCCAGCCCGUGGUGCGGCGGAGCCAGCUGCUCACGGACCGGCUACUGCGUCUGCUGGGCCUCAUCUCCGUCAGCCUGCCCGACACCGCCAAACCACCCUCAGCAGCCACCACAACCACCACCACCACUACUACUACCGCCAGUAGUACUGCGGCCAUCACGACAGCGACCGAUGCGGUGACCACCACUCGACCGGCUGCCACUUCGACUACCACCACUACUGCGGCGGUGGCGGGUCCUGUGACCACCGUGUCAGCUACCGCUGCGAUGGCUGUAACUUCUGCCACGGCGACGACUGUGCCUGCCGCCCCUAACCCGACUGUCUCAGGGGAGGCCACGGAGCAGCAGUCUGUGCUAGGAGCAACCACAGAUGCUUCAAGCACAGAGGAUGGAACUAAAAAGAAGGAGAAUGGAUCCUCAGCAGAAGAGGAGGCUGAGGAAGAGGAGGAGUCCCCAAUCCUCUAUAAUGAACUGAAGCUUGCUGUCGAGGUUCUGACAUCCAAGUCGUGUUCUGAGGAGGGUCUGGAGGACGCCACCAAUCUAUUGCUCCAGCUGUCGUGGGCCAACUCGGCAACGCGAGCAGCUGUGCUGGAGCUGCUGUUGUCUGGGGCCAGGCAGUUGGGCAUGACUGUGUGUGGUCAUAUCAACAGUUUGUUGGUGCAGCUGCAGGAGUUGAACGCCGGCCUGGAUCACAUGGAGGAGGAGAGCAGUAGUCGUGACGGAGAGACAGGAGGGGCUAGUGCAGCUGGCUCUCAACACACAGCCAAGGGCAUUUUACCUGACAGGUUCUCUGCUGGAAGCAGUGUUGUGGUUUCUGCUCCGAGCAAGUUGAAAACGGGCAAAGAGCUUCAACUGUCUUCUAUGUCACAGCUGACCAGCAAGAGUUCUGGGCAGCAGUUCUUCCUGCGCAUCCUCAAAGUCAUUAUUCAACUGAGGGAUGCUGCCAGGUCGGCAGGAGCCAAGAACAAAAAGCCAGCUUCGAGAGGUGGUUCAGGCUUGCAGGAUCUCCGGUCCAUCAUCAACUCUGUGGUCAGUGACAACCAGUUCCUCAACAUGAUAGAGGGCAGAGCGGUGUCUGGUCUGUCGGGUGUUGCUGCCAAUAAUGUCCCCGGCAGCCAGGCUGUUGCUGCUGCUGCUGGUGGACAGGCCAGCUCUGGCAGCAACUUGGUGGGCUCAGCGAGGGUGGAGUUGUCUGAGGGCAGUGCGCAGCCGCAGUCUUCUUCUAGCCAGUCGGAGCAAAGGCAAGGGUCGGAGACGCCUAUGGAAGUGGAUGCCAGCCUUUCCGCAGCAGAUCGUGAGGACUCGGGUGCGCCUGCCCCCGGUGGUUCUUCGUCCAGCAUGACGUCUAGUGCGACUACGACAACGACGACGACCUUGCCCCGCCUCAGUGAACAGCUGUGUCUGGAGGAGCUGUGGUCCACGCUGGGUGCCUGCCUGUCAGAGCUGGCCAAGACCCCCGACCAUCACGCCGUGCUCAUCUUGCAGCCUGCCGUGGAGGCAUUUUUCAUUGUCCAUGCUGGUGAGAAGGUGAACAAACCGAGUGAACAGCCCGUGUCGCGGCGGGAAGACCAACUGGCCCACCUGUACAUGGAGAUGGCCCCGCCCAGCCCGUCCCCGGGGCCGUCCACAGCACCCGAGGGGCCAAUCUCCAUGGUGACCCGCGACAACUCGGGCAUCGCCAUGGCCUCCAUCACCCACCUACCCCCAGACACACAGAAGUUCCUCAAGUUUGCUGAGACUCACCGCACAGUGCUUAACCAGAUUCUUCGUCAGUCGACGUUUCCACUAGCCGAGGGCCCCUUCUCUGUCCUGGUGGACUACACUCGCAUCCUUGACUUUGACGUGAAACGGCGCUACUUCCGCCAGGAACUGGAGCGUAUGAACGAAGGCGCCCGACGCGAGGACCUCCCGGUGCACGUGAGGAGGUCGAACGUGUUUGAGGACUCGUUCCGAGAGUUGUUCCGACGUUCGCCGGAGGAGUGGAAGCAGAGGUUUUACAUUGUUUUUGAAGGUGAGGAGGGUCAAGACGCUGGCGGGCUGCUCCGCGAGUGGUACAUCAUCAUCUCCCACGAGAUCUUCAACCAGAACUACGCCCUGUUCCUGACCUCGCCCGGCGACCGCGUCACCUACAGCAUCAACCCGUCGUCCCACUGCAACUCGAACCACCUGAGCUACUUCAAGUUUGUGGGGCGCAUCAUCGCUAAGGCGGUGUACGACAACAAGCUGCUGGACUGCUACUUCACGCGCUCCUUCUACAAGCACAUGCUGGGCCUGGCCGUCAAGUACAUGGACAUGGAGAGCGAGGACUACACCUUCUACCAGGGCAUGGUCUUCCUGCUGGAGAACUCGGUGGAGGACCUGGGCUACGACAUCUUCUUCAGCACAGAGAUCCAAGAGUUUGGCGUGACGGAGACGCGGGAGCUGGUGCCCAACGGCUCCAACCUGGUGGUGACGGACGACAACAAGCGCGAGUACGUGAAGCUGGUGUGCCAGAUGAAGAUGACAGGGGCCAUCCGGCAGCAGCUGAACGCCUUCCUGGAGGGCUUCUAUGACAUCAUCCCCAAGAAACUGGUCUCCAUCUUCACGGAGCAGGAGCUGGAGCUGCUCAUCUCGGGCCUGCCCACCAUCGACAUCGACAACCUCAAGGCCAACACGGAGUACCACAAGUACCAGGCCACCUCGCUACAGAUCCAAUGGUUCUGGCGAGCCUUGCGUUCGUUUGACCAGGCGGAGCGUGCCAACUUCCUGCAGUUUGUCACGGGGACGUCCAAAGUGCCGCUGGGAGGCUUUGGGAACCUGGAGGGCAUGAAUGGCACGCAGAAGUUCCAGAUCCACAGAGACGAUCGCUCCACUGACCGCUUGCCCUCGGCCCACACCUGCUUUAAUCAGCUGGACCUGCCAGCCUACGAGACGUACGACAAGCUCAGGAAGAUGCUGCUAUUGGCCAUCAGCGAGUGCUCCGAGGGUUUCGGCCUUGCAUAGAGCAGCAGAGCAAAAAGCACAAGACACGGUGGCAACUGAGGGAAGAGAUUGAAGGACGUCGUGCCUGUACAGAGUGAGAGAGAGAUAGAGCGAGAGAGAGAGAGAGAGAAAAAAAUAAUAAAACAGUUUUUCCGGUGUGAACUCCGUCAAGAGUGUGCAAGGAGUCUGCUGACAGCCGACAGAUUCGAGAUUGGCUGGUGUUACGUGUUGGCACUAACAAGAACAAUAGGAUGUAUAAAAACAAAACAAAAAAAGCACCAGACCUAGACUUGACAGUGACAGUAUUUUUGGAGUGUGUGUGUGUGUGUGUGUGUGUGUGUGUGUGUGUGUGUCUUUUGUGAACACCAAGAGAGAAGAAAGAGAUGGAGCUUUCAGGUACCCGGCUUUGUGGGUUUUGUUUGAUUCAUUUUGAAAACUUGACUUUGUAAACUUUAGUUUACCAGCUUGCCCAUCUGUUAACAAUUUUUUUCUUCUUCAGCGUCUUCGUACUUGAGUUUGGUUCUUUAUUUAUUUGUUUCCACGCUCUCCCCUUCCUACCCCUUGAUUGAUUGUGGUACUGAAUGAAAUUUCCAUCAAAAAUUGAAUGAACGAGCUUUGUGUAAUUAAAUGUGCAAUGCCAUGUCCCUUACAGUGAAACCUUUGUGUGUAUAUAUACGUGAGUUUGUGUGCCUGUGUCAAGAAUGGGUGAUGUGUAUGACUUUGAAUAUGCGUCUGGAUUUUUGAAGGAGAUAACGCGUGUCAUACGUUGUUGAAAGUGGGGUGUUUGUUGACUCAUGAAAUCUCUCAUUCCUUAUCUCAACACAAAUAAGAUGAUAUUUCCCCCCUUGUGUAAUGACCCUUUUGUUUUGAUUUUGAUCCUGUUUCUGUAUGCGCCAGCCCAUGAGGUUAAAGUCUUAAUGACUGCCUGACUGUCCUGUACUUUUUUGCUUUUGAUGUUUUGUUUGUUUGUGUGUGUGGGGUGUUUUUUUUUUUUUUUUCAGGCAUUCCACUCUGGUGCUGGGCUUUCGUGUGAAGGGGUGAAGCCCUGAGCUUGUCGUCUAUUAUUUGCUAAUAUAAGGCAACACUGACCAAAGUGUGUCUUCAUGACUGUGUUUUGAUUCAUUUUGCUUUCUUUGCCUGGGCCUAGAGCUCAGGUGGUUCCUGAUCUGUGCUUGCUCGAGAUUAUCAAAGGUGGUGGGGGAAUGUCAGGUCAGGUCGGGCAUUGAUUUAGUUUUUCUCUUUGAUGGCGAGACUUUGUUCUUUCCUUGAGGUACGUCAGUGGACUUUUUGAAAGAUUUAUUGUUUGCAUAUGUUUGUGUGUGUGUGUCUGAGUGUUGGGCAACAUGUCCCUCAAUGGCUACAUUUCAAGAUUUCUUUUUGCGAAAUCAGCAUCUUACCAGGGAUUACGAUUACUACACCGUGGAGUGACAAGUAGAAGUGGGGGGGAGGAUGGGAUUGACUACUCAGUGUAAGAGCUCGACAUACAUCACUUUUCAAAAUGGUGUGUGGCUAAGUCUUACAGUAAGCAGUGUAGAUGGAUACAAAGAAAGAUGAAGAGGCAGAGAAAGAAGAAUGAAUGGGUUGUUUUUUUUCUUUUUUCUUCUUUGUUUUUUUUUGUUUUUUGUUUUUUUUUCGCCCACAGGAUUUGGAACAGCUUUUGUAAACUUUGUUGCUCGAUUUGGUGUCCUUUCUGUCCUGUGAUGGUAUGUUGUAGGUUCUUGAUUUUGCCGAUUGAAUUAUUGAUUAAAGCUAUUAUGGCCUGAGCCAAGGAGAAUAUCAAUUGUUUCUCUCCUGCUUGUGCUUAUUAUGACAUACAACACAACAACCCCCCCCCCCCUACCACCAUCCCCACCCACCCCCCUACCACCAUCCCCACCCACAAAUUUCUCACUCAAUUCAGAUAUUGCCAUAGAUUGAAAAUACUGGAGUGAACUUUUAUUAUUAUUAUUGUUUCCCAUGACCGUCAAAGCAUUGGUUUACUAUUCAGGUCUCCCGCCACUGGAUAUAGUGGAUUUGUUAAAAAAAAGUGCGUGACUUUGAGGAGGUUUUUUUUUGUUCAUUAAGGACAGAAUGGCUGAAGAGACGGGGGGAAAAGCCCAUUGCAAAAUUUUUCUUUCAUUGAUUGACUCUUUAUAUAUAUGAAUUAUUGGCUCAGUGUUGUUAGUUUUGUUGAAACUGAAGCGCUAAGAUCCUCAUCCUCAUCCUUUUCAUCGUCAUCAUCAUCAUCAUCGUGAUUAUUAUCAUUGUCAUCUCAUUUUUCAUUUCAUGUUGUCACUUUGGUUACUCCUCAACUGUUCCAAGUCUGUAGCUGUAGAACCCUGGGCAGUGAGAUCACUUUGCUUACGAUAAGAUUGUUUGCCUUUGGCUUUUCCAUCAAGAAAUGGAUUCGAUGGAUUCAAUUGGAAUUUUUUUAAUGACCAGUAUCGCAGAACACCAUGUCUUUGUUUGAAGGGGUGCUCUCGAAAUCUCAUUGUCUACAGUUCUAGUUUAUAACAUUGUGUGUGUGUGUGUGUGUUAAUUAAUAAGCAGACGUUGGUGGUCCACCACAGGGGGGCGAAGUGUGAGUAGAGAGGGUCCUGGAUGUGAGUUGUGAAUCUCACUCCACUGUAGGGAACACAAGGAGACUAGCUUUGCGGGAUUAUUUAAAAUAAAUGGGAAGUCAUCCGAGACUACUACUACGUAGCCGUGAAUAAGAUGUAGCACACUCUUGUGGGUAGUAAAGACACAAACAUAUUAUGCCUUUUUUUCAGUAGUCCCCCCACCCCCCUUUCCUCCCUACCUCCCACCCUCCCUCCCCCCUCAUUCAUCAGUUUGUCAUUCUUUUUCUCUCCUAUUGCGUGUUUAUAAUAUAUUUAUGAUGCUUUCACAUUUUUUGAAGUUUCCACGUGGUCUAUUGUUCUAAUGAUUUGUAUACGAUACAUGUAUGACUUUGGUGAGAGCUGUUUACCCCACUACAGGAGGCAGCGGCCCUUGGCAGGGGGGGGGCCUGUGUAUGUGACACAUGUUGUGGAAUAUUGCUGAACAGUAAAUUAAUAAAUUCACGGUUGACAUUAUGCA